AUGGCAGGUGUAGAUAAUCGUUAUUCAAGAAACUUUACUGGUUGUUGGGCAUGUCGAUUUAAAAAACGUAAAUGUGACGAAUUGAAACCUUCGUGUUCUUUAUGUGUCAGACAUGGCGAUUGUUGCUCAUAUGAUAUUAGAUUGAUUUGGUCAGAUGAUAAUAUAUACAAGAUCAAUUGUAAGCAAGAAUUUAUUAAUAGAUCAAAAGACAUUAGAUCAAAAGAUCGUAAUUAUAUGUCUCAUGGUAAGAUAUCGAAAUUGGAAUUUAAAAAAAUGACAAAUUUCAGAAAUUAUGAGUAUAACUCUUGUUAUCCAUCUCCUACUAGUGAUGAUGUCAACGAACUGAAUACCUCUACAAUAACGGAUAGUACGACAGGACACGAUAACGAUGAAAGUGAUAUCGAUGAAUCAUUUACAAUUAGCGUACGAAGAUUGAAAGUUUAUGAUAACACAAUCAACUCAGUUUAUGGUAAAGGUCCAAAUAAAGUUUUUGAUCAGAAGAGAAUAAAUAAAAAACUGAAUACAUUAUUAGAUGAUUUAGAGCAUGAUAUCAGUUUGAAUAAAAAAUUUGUUAAAAAGGGACCAUUUGUAUCAUUUCAUAAAAGUGAUAAUAGUAGCGAUAGCACUUUAAUUAUUAAGAAUGAAAUACCUAAUAGUUUAAUUGAUGAAAAAUUGAUCGAAUUUCAAAAUAUUGAUACAUUUGUUGAAAAUGAGUUAUUUGAAUUGAUUUGGUUGAAUUGUAAGACGAAUAUGAUUUUAUGUCGUUUGGAUUAUUCAAAUUGGUUUUCUGACUUCCUCAAAUUAAAAUUAAAAGAGAAUCAAAAAUUAUAUGCUUUAUUAAAAAAUUGGAUUGGAAACAAAAAUAAGAAGAAUAUAAAUUUGACAAAGGAAGAAAUUGAAUCAAUUCAAUUUGAUGACUUUGAAUGCAAUAGCAUAGCAUUCACAAUUAUGGUGAUUCUAUAUAACAAUGAUGAUGACGUUAAUGUUAUUGAAAUUUUCGGCGAUAUUUUACAAUAUUGGUUAUCCAAAAUUCCAGUAUUAUCGCCAUCAAUGUUCCCAUUGAUGAAUUUUAUCAUACACAAUAUUGAGAAUCAAAAAAUUUUAAAUUACUGUUAUCAUUUACUAGAUAAAACCUCGACAACUUGUCAACUUAAUGGUCUCCCCUUGUGUACACUACAAGAUAUAAUGGAUCAAUUAAACAAAAUUAUUACAAAAAAGUUAACAGAAACAUGGUUAGACAAUGCAUUUCAACAAGUUAUUUCACCAUAUGAAAUUAAUCAUUCAUUCCCGCAAGUGAAUUACUCUUAA